AUUUGUUUAACGAGACUACUGUUUCUAAUUGUUUCAAUCAUGUCAUAAUUUGUUUAAAAGAUGAUGAGUACUUAAUUUAUUUAUAUUAAUUCAAUCCAUAUUAUUUUUAUAAAGGUUAAAAAUGUCAGAUGUUAACUCUGAAGCACCCGUUAACUCUCAAGUACCAUUUGAGAGUGACGCGUCACAACAUUCAUCGCCACCUACGAACGCACCUAUGAACUCACCGUCUCCCCUCUCUAAUCAAAAUGUUAUUGAUUUAGAAGAGUCUAAUACUACUUGUGGAGGAACUAAAAGAAAAUCAAGUGUUGUGUGGGAACAUUUUAAAAAACAACAAGUCAAUGGGGUGUGGAAGGCAAUAUGUAAUUAUUGUAAUAAGCAUCUAGGAGGUGAUUCAAAAAAUGGAACAAGGCAUUUGCAUGAUCACCAUAAGAGUUGUACUAGGAAGAAAGUGAUGGACAUAAGGCAAAAAGUGUUAACUAACAACUUUAAUAGAGAGAUUCCAAAAAUGAAUUCUUAUAUCUUUGAUCAAGAUUUUGCUAGGAAAGAGUUGUCACAUGCCAUAAUCUUGCAUGAAUAUCCCCUCUCUAUCGUAGACCAUGUUGGUUUUAAACGAUAUUCAGCAGCACUUCAACCAUUGUUUAAAGUGCCUUCCCGAAAUACGAUAAAGAGUGAUAUUUUAAAGAUUUAUGAUUAUGAGAGGGUGAAGACAUUGAGUUUGGUGGAGCAUAAUAAAAGUAGGGUGGCAAUCACAACUGAUAUGUGGACUGCUAGCAAUCAAAAGAAAGGAUUCAUGGCUGUCACCGCACACUUUAUUGAUGAUUCAUGGACAUUGCAAAGUCGCAUUUUGAGGUUUAUUUAUGUUCCAUGUCCACACACAAAAGAAGUUCUUUGUGAUACUUUGCUUGAGUUGAAAGAUGGAUUAGAUGUCAUACGAGUUGGUGUGGAGAAAAUUCGAGAGAGUGUAGCUUAUUGGACAGCAACACCAAAAAGAGUAGAAAAAUUUGAAGAAACAGUCAACCAAUUGCGUAUUCCACAUACUAAGAAAUUAGGACUUGAUUGUGCAACUAGCUGGAAUUCAAUCUAUUUGAUGCUUCAGACAGCCUUAUUGUAUAAGGAUGUCUUUUCUAGGUUGAAAAUUAGAGAGCCACAAUAUAAGACUGUGCCAACUGAGCAAGAAUGA